CUCUGUGAACGUAUCGCUCAAAUUCUGACCAGAAUGGCCACCACACCCCAGCCAGAAAUCAUCCUCUACGACCUAGCCUGCACGAAAAAUACAUGUUUUUCACCAGUAAUAUCGAAGCGACUCUGAAACCGCUCGGCAUGACCCCCCUCGGCACCUCGAACAGCAAAUUCACCGUCCCAGCAAUCCACCACAUCCCCACAAACACGUAUAUGAUGGACUCAACGCCAAUCUCACAAUUCCUCGAACGUACUUACCCCAACCCGUCACUCCCCCUCUCCACGGACUGGGGCCAAGAAAUUGAGAAAAAAGCGCGGGGGUUACUGGGUCCUGUACUUCGCACGUCCAUUGUUCCGCGUGAGAUCUUGAUUCUCUCGCCGCGGUCACAAGAUUACUUCCGUCGCACGCGCGAGGAGGCGUUUGGGCGGCGGCUUGAGGAAUUGCUGGAUGAGGGGAAGGAGGAAGAGAUGGGGAGGGAGUUGGAUGGGGAGAUGGUUGGGGUUGGGGGGAUGAUGCGGAGGGAUGCUGGGGGUGCGGGGUUUGUGUUUGGCGAGGAGCCAUGUUACACUGAUUUUUUGAUAGCGGGGGCGAUGGAGUCAGUGAGGAUGGUUGAUGAGGGGAUUUUUCAGAGGAUGGUGAAGUAUCGUGGGUUUAGUGAUGUGUAUACAGCGUGCCUGCCUUUGAUGGAGAAGAAUGACUGA